AUGGAGAUGGUGAAGGCUUCUGGGCAGGGACCAGAUCCUCCCCCUGGGCCUCCGCCCCCACCUCCUCGUUCCGCCGGGCAUCUCCGUCGCUGGAGCAUCCCGCUGUCCCUCCCCAGCGCUCCGCUGAGGAAGCCUCUCGCUUUUCAUGCAGACCUCUUCCAGGACUUGAGUCAGUUCCAGGAGACUUGGCUGACGGAAGCUCAGGUUCCAGACAGUGAUGAGCAAUUUGUGCCUGACUUUCAUUCAGAAAACUUAGCUUUUCACAGUCCUCCUGCUAAGAUUAAAAAGGAGCCCCAGAGUCCCUCCUCGGACCCCACGCUGUCCUGCAGCCACAAGCAGCCAUCACAGCGCCACCAUGGCGAGCAGUGCCUUUAUGCCAGUGCCUAUGAUCAACCCAGACAAGCUGAAAUCAAGUUACCCAGCCAAGGAACCCCGAUACAGUCACCACUCCAACAGUUCCCUAGACAGGACAGGAGCUUCCUGACCUCUGCGAGGCCACUCCACCCCACAGCCACCUCUGGAUACCUCCAUGAAAACAGCUCUGCAUACCAGCCACCUGUGGAGAUGUGCUGUUCCUUCCCCUCCUCCCAGGGCACGGCCCAGGAAGACUCCAUUGCCUACCAGCACCAGGUGUCCAAGCCCUGCCUCCAGUAUGCUCAUCAGGGCUUCAAACAGGAAUACCACGACCCACGGUAUGAGCAAGUAAGCCAGGCGGGCAGCAGCCGUCAGUACCCAGCAGCUGUGGUGAUCAAGCAGGAGCAGGUGGACUACAUGUAUGACUCAGAUGUUCCUGGCUGUUGUUCCACGUACAUAAAUGUUGAGCGCUAUCCAAACUAUUCGAAUACAGAAGAUACAUUAGGCUGCAGCUAUGACAAGCAGAUGAGGUCCUUUACUGAUGACGUCUGUGUUGUUCCAGAAAAAUUUGAAGGAGACAUCAAGCAGGAAGCUGGAGGGUACCGGGAAGGUCCUCCAUACCAGAGACGGGGAUCUCUCCAGCUCUGGCAAUUUCUUGUGGCUUUAUUGGACGAUCCAACCAAUUCCCACUUCAUUGCCUGGACUGGUAGAGGGAUGGAGUUCAAGCUCAUAGAGCCAGAAGAGGUAGCCAGGCUGUGGGGUAUCCAAAAGAACCGUCCAGCCAUGAACUACGACAAGCUGAGCCGAUCUCUUCGCUACUAUUAUGAGAAAGGCAUCAUGCAGAAGGUGGCUGGAGAGCGCUACGUGUACAAGUUUGUGUGUGAGCCCGAAGCCUUGUUCUCUCUGGCCUUCCCUGACAAUCAGCGGCCAACGCUGAAGGCGGAGUUCGACCGGCCCAUCAGUGAGGAGGACACAGUGCCUCUUUCUCACCUGGAUGAGAAUGCCACUUAUCUGCCAGACCUCGGGAGCCUCCCUCCACAGCUUUACAGCAAAGGCUACACAUACUAG